AUGCAAAAAGACGCCUUGAAAAAUAUGUUUCCUCUAAUUUCUUAUGCUCGAGGAAGUGAUAAACUAUUUGGAUUUCAUCGCAAAAGUCUUUGGCUUAAAAUGUUCAUUGAAGAGUUUUGUUAUGGAAGAAAACAAUUAAAAGAGCAAUGCGAAAAACCUUGUAUAGAAGAAAAUCAACAUGACCUAUUCUCUAAAUACUAUGAUUAUCGUGGUCAAAUGAUGUCAAAAAUCGAAUUAAAUAAUAUACGGAAGUCAUUAGGAAAUAUUAUCUCAGUGAAAUCUUUUAUUUCGACUUGUAUCGAUCGAAAAUUAGCUUUGUAUUUGUUGGGACAACCAGAAAGUCCUAAUGAAUCAUCAGUCGUUCCAGUUUUAAUUGAAAUUUGUCUAGGAAACAACACGCGUUCGAGUUUCAACGGAAACAUAUUUGCUGAUAUUACUGAACAAAGUUAUUUUGGUGAAGUAGAAAAAAAAGUUUUAUUUAUGAGUGGUUCAUAUUUUCAAGUAGAUGAUGUACGUUAUGGAGACGAACAAAUACGCAGAUCUGGCGCAUUAUAUGACAACAUGCGAACAUCCUUCAUUUACUCAGAUUUUACUUUUUCAUCGGAUACUGGUAUCGUUUUAUUUCAAUCGGGGAAAUUCGAUCAAGCUGAAUAUUAUUACCUACAAAUUCUACACUAUUUGGUCGAAUUGCUUUAUCAAUCGGAAGACAUGAAAGAUAAUGAUCAACAUCAGCAAUCAACAUAUUGGAUAGAUAAAUAUUCAAUCCUCUUAUUAGAUCGGUCCAGUCGCCAAUAUUUCGAAAUCGAAAUGUCAUCAAUAUGCUUUACUGCUUUCUAUAUGUUAACUCGAAGAGCACAUGAGAAAGGUAAUUAUACACAAAGUAUUCUACAGUAUGAAAACGAUGACUUCGAUGAUAUUACAGAUUUAGCUCAUGUCUGCAAGGGGCAUCGCCUCAUUGGCUUAGGAAAUCUUUCUCUGAUUGAACGAAAAUGUCGACAAGCCAUUUCAUACUAUCGAAAUGCAUUGGCACUAUUCGAUAAAUAUGUACCGAUGGGACAUCCGGAUCAAUUACGUGCACAACAAAAGAUAGCGAACAUCAAUCGAAUAUAUCGCUGUAAAACGGAUGCAGCUCUAGGAACUUAUAAAAAUAGUCUGGAAAGUUAUUUGCAUGUGUUGCCUUCGGAUCAUGUUGAUAUUGCACGAAUAUAUAUAUGGAUAUAG